AGCUCCAUCUCCAUCAUCUUCUUCUUCUUCUAUCUGUAAUGUAGCAGUGCCUGCUGCUAUCGAUCACAGCCACUAGAUUGAUCCUGCGACCAGAACGCCGUGUGCAAAGCGACUAGCGAGCGCCAAGUGGUGUGCCGCCAUCUAUUUUUAUCUGUCAGCGAUGACACCAACCGAGCGCCCCACUAGCCACUACCACUAGUGACCAGUGUCGCGUGCUGACACUGCCGAGUGGCGGUGGCUGUGGCAGUCCAUCUCCAUCUCCACAUAAACGCGCGCUAGCUCCCGUCGAUCGAUCCCUUCAUCAUUCUCACGCAUUGCCAAACCCCGCUACUGCCAGUGCAUAUUAUACAAGUAGCAGCACGUACAAGGGCACCAGUAAUCGCGCCUGCCGCUGCCACUGAACCCACAGCAGCUGGAAUGGCGACGACGGCCAUGGCAAAACGGUCGUCGUGGCUGCUGGUCCUCGCGCUCGCAGCGCUACUACUAGCCGCCGCCGCCGUGCGCGUCGACGGCGGCGCCACGGCCGCGGCGCCGGCGCCGGCGCCGGCCGCGGACUGCGGGGACGCGCUUCUGGGCCUGGCGGGGUGCCUGAGCUACGUGUCGGAAGGGAGCACGGUGGCGACACCCGACCCGACCUGCUGCUCGGGGCUCAAGGACGUGGUGCACAAGGAGGUGGCCUGCCUCUGCCAGGUCUUCCAGAGCGGUCAGAAACUCGGCAUCUCGCUCAACAUGACCAAGGCCCUGCAGCUGCCCGCCGCCUGCAAGGUCAAGACGCCGCCCUUCAGCAAGUGCCACGUUUCUGUUCCUGGUGUGCCCACCGCGUCUCCUGUGCCUGCUCCAUCUACCGGGGCCCCAUUCUUCGGCCAGUCGCCGUCGCCGUCGUCGUCAAUUCCUUCGGGGUCACCGGCAGCGGCAGCAACCGGGAGCCAGAGCCAGACCAGCACCCCAGCACCCUCCCCAGCGCGUUCUGGCGCUGCCGGCCUCUCGGCACCACCGCGGACGUUCCUCGCGGCAGCUACUGCUGCCGCGACUCUGUUCGUGUGCCGACUCUUGUGAGCUGGGCUACGUCACCUGUCAUGUUCCAAGUUCAAGCGCUCCACCUUACCUUACCUUACCCCAGUCUGACCACAGAUAAAAGGAGCAUGUAACAACCCUGUACCGAGAUGUAUCUUGUGAGCAUUUCAGUGUCGUUUUGCACUGCUUUUGAACCAGCAUGUACUGUUCAUGAAUUUCAUUGCUUCGCACAAGAAA